AUGGCGGAUAGAAUCAAGAAAGUAGCCGUCUUCGGCGCAUCAGGGAACUUUGGUACUCCUAUCACGGCCGCUCUUGUCAAGGCGGGAUUUGAAGUAACAAUAGUCACGCAGCCUAGCUCAAAGUCGAUCUUCCCAAAUGGCAUCCAAGUAAUCCGAUCGGAGUACACAGUCGCGCAUCUGACUGCGGCACUGGCGGGCCAAGAUGCAGCAAUCAGUGUCGUCGGGCCCGCAGCUAUCACGUCCAACGUCGCCAUGGUUGAGGCGGCGGCAGAGGCCGGCGUGAAGCGUUUCAUCGUCAAUGACUUUGGCUGGGGUCCCGACUUUGCGAGCGAGCCAGAGUUUGCCGCCAUCGGCGACACUCGCCACGUCGCCUGGGACCGCGCGAAGCAGCUGGCGAUAGAGAACACUGGCUUCACGUGGACGGGUAUCACAAUCGGAAAUCCGAUAGACUGGGCACUCAAACGCUUCCCCCUGAUGGGCUUCGACGUCAAAGACUACACUGCCACCAUCUAUGACGAGGGUACCGAGCAGUUCACCGGCACUACCUUGUCUGGUAUUGGUCAAUCUGUCGUAGGGGUGCUGAAGCGCCCGGACGCUACCGCCAACCGUUUCGUCAAGGCGCGGUCCAUUCAGACCUGCCAGAACGAACUUCUCGCGGCAUUUCAGAUAGUGACUGGUCGAAGGUGGGAAGUACAUGUUGGAAAGGUGUCUGACCUCCGGGAGAGUGGGAAGCAAAAGCACCAAGAUGGCGCUGGUGGAUGGGUACUGGAUCUGCUUGUCUUUCAGCUGUUCGAGCCCGGGAAAGGGCGGUGCAUCGUUGCGUCACACGAAGAUAGUGAUGCCACGCUGUUGGGCAUUCCAGAGGAGACGGCGGAGGAUAUCGCCCUCAAAGCCUUGUGA